AUGGUAUAUGGUACGAAAGUGGCCGAGGUCAUGGGGCCUUGGUUUUGGGUUUGCCUCGGCUUGUUAAAGCUAGUACAAGGCUCUUUCAAUGUUUACGCGGGGCUAGAAAGUCAAGUCGUCCAACUAGCAUUCGGGCUCUCAGAUCAGUGUUUGCAGUCAUUAAACUCUACGGUCCUUUGCGAUGUCAAAACCGGGAGUAAGGCUGCAUCUGGUCCCGACAAAUACUGCAAGUAUUCCUUCAUCCCGAACACAAAUUGGGCAGCCAAAAAUGUCACCACGCUAUGUACACAGGAGUGUGCGGCCUCCCUCUCCUCCUGGCUAACAUCCGUGGAGAAAGACUGCGAAGGAGAGACUGUGUACGCCGCAGACUUUAAGGUGCUGGCGAAGAUUGUGCCGACGGCAUGGAAGGAAGGGCAUGACUUGGUGUGUUUGCGAGACACUGCGUCCAACUUCUGCUUUCUCGAGUCGCAAGAUUGGGAGGGCAGUGACUAUAUUAGAUGGGAUCCAGACACAUUUCAAAUGUCGUCAGCCAUGAUGGAUGUGACAAAUUUGUAUGAGGAACAACUUUUAUGCAGUGACUGCUUUAUCAAGAUGUGGAGACAGCGCUUGAUGUCUGCUCUUCUUCCAUCAAGUGAGUACACAGAGUAUUUGUUACAGCAAUAUUCUUCCAUGCAGAAGCAUUGCUCCACGAACCUGCCUGUCACUACCUACAAGACUACCUUACUCGUAUCGCCCAGUGCGACCCCAGUUACUACCACUGCAACCGUUAAGCCAACAUCAAGUUGUGCGGGCCAGUUAAUUCAACCGGUUGACCCACCUUUGGGUUGCUGGGAUCUCUCUGAUAAGUAUAAUGUGAGCACUGGAGCAGUGGUCCACGCCACCCAACAUGAUGAAUGUCAUUUCACCGAACCCUUAUGCCUGCCUAAACCCUGUGAGCUUGACACCAUUUGGGAUAAGACGUCUUGUGAAGAUUUAGCGGCCGCUCAUUCUACGAAAGAAAACCCCGUCACGCUAACACAGCUCCUGGCCUGGAACCCUACUAUUCUUGGUGACUGUGGGUUCCUCACCAAUGCUCAGAGAGUUUGUAAAGGGCCACCAGCAGGAUAUUUCAAGCCCUCGGGCGUCAUAUAUUCUCCAACCACUGCGGGCUCCUAUUUUAGCACCGCAACGCCAGCAGAACCUACCCGGGCCGGUACCAUCACUGAGUGUGGCCGGUACUACAAGGUUGUCGCUGGUGAUGAAUGUAACACAAUAGCUCUUCGCUUUGGCCUAACCCAGUUAGAUCUGCAGUCCAUGAAUAACUACCUUUGGGACAAUUGUACCAACCUUUGGCUAAACUACGAUAUCUGCGUCGCACCCGUGACAAAUACCGGAAUAUCUCAAGAUGGCACAUGUGGACCAGCACAUCAAAAUUCUAUCUGCGAAGGGAGUAAAUUCGGAAAGUGCUGCUCAAUAGGCGGUUACUGCGGCAGUACUCCAGAGUAUUGUAGCCCUGGCAACUGCGUGUCGGGGGCCUGUGAUGAGGGGGGUGAUACUGCCACUAAAGAUGGCACUUGUGGUCCAGACUGGGGUUAUACCACUUGUACCAAUCCAAGAUUUGGCUCAUGCUGUUCGAUAUAUGGAUACUGCGGUGGCGGACCAGACUUCUGCGGGCCCGGUAAAUGCUACUCCGGAAAAUUUGACGACGACAUCUGUGGUCCGAGUGUGAAUGGGGAGUGUGGACCUAGCUUUUCUGGGAAUAAGACAUGUACAGGGACACAGUUCGGAAAAUGUUGCUCAGUUUCAGGAUACUGUGGCAACACAGAGGAAUAUUGCGGCAAAGGCCACUGUUAUUCCGGUGCCUGUACUUAA